GUGGGUACACUGGAUCAGUUGGUGGGGCUGUCUGAUGAUCUUGGUAAGCUUGACACCUUUGUCGAAGGUGUCACUAGGAAGGUCGCUCAGUACCUCGGCGAGGUACUGGAAGACCAGCGUGACAAACUCCAUGAGAACCUAAUGGCAAACAACAGCGAUCUGCCAUCUUACCUAACUCGUUUCCAAUGGGACAUGGCGAAAUACCCCAUCAAGCAAAGUCUGCGUAACAUCGCCGAUAUCAUUAGUAAACAGGUGGGGCAGAUCGACGCGGAUCUGAAAGUGAAAUCGUCCGCCUACAAUGCACUCAAGGGCAAUCUACAGAACUUGGAGAAGAAACAAACCGGCAGUUUAUUGACCCGCAACCUGGCGGACUUGGUGAAGAAGGAGCACUUCAUCCUUGACAGUGAAUAUCUCACCACACUCCUUGUCAUCGUACCUAAGUCAAUGUUCAACGACUGGAACGCUAAUUACGAGAAGAUUACCGACAUGAUCGUUCCUCGCUCUACGCAGCUCAUCUACCAAGACAAUGACUAUGGACUGUUCACCGUCACUCUCUUCAAGAAGGUGGCUGAUGAAUUCAAACACCACGCUCGUGAACGCAAGUUCGUAGUCCGUGAGUUCUCUUACAACGAGGCCGACCUCGCCGCCGGCAAGAACGAGAUCACCAAACUUGUCACUGACAAGAAGAAGCAGUUCGGUCCUUUGGUGCGAUGGUUGAAGGUGAACUUCUCGGAGUGCUUCUGCGCCUGGAUUCAUGUUAAAGCUCUCCGUGUAUUCGUUGAGUCGGUUCUAAGAUACGGGCUGCCGGUGAACUUCCAGGCGGUGGUGAUGGUGCCGGCGCGCAAGGGCGCCAAGCGCCUGCGCGACGUGCUGCAGGGGCUCUACGCGCACCUCGACCACUCCGCGCACCACCACGCCACCGCCGCGCAGGACAACGCAGAGAUGGCCGGCCUCGGUUUCGUGACACAAGCUACGUGCACCCCAUUAAUUAGGUAA